AGUUAUAGUGAAUGCCAUAUAGAUUACAUAGAGCAUGUCAUUUUGGGUAGACACUUUGAGAUCUGCUCGGAAAACCGCUCUUUUGCAAGAUGGUAGAAGGAAAGUUCAUUACACAUUUCCAGAUGGCAAUGAACUAGCUGAAGAAUAUGAUGUCAAAACAAAUGAUUUAAUUGUUAGAAAAUGGCGCAAGAAGACUACACUAGGUGGACCAACAAAGUGGGAUAUGGAAAUUGGCGAAGACCAGAACUAUGCUUCUAACCUGGUAAUGGGAGCGGAGCACAUGGUAGAGUCUAUGUCAAAUCCUGUGCUUUGUCGACGGGAUACGAAAAAGGCUUUUCAGUGGCGAAUCCGAAAUCUGCCUUACUCACUGGAGACAUUCAGCGUGAAAGUCGAAGAUAAAGACACGAUUGUUGUUCGAACUUCAAACAAAAAAUAUUUUAAGAAGAUUGACGUUCCUGAUAUGCAACGAGCGAAGAUUCCUCUUAACCAAUCUGAUUUAACAUUCGCACACGCAAACAACACACUUAUCAUCCAAUACAAAAAACCGAAGCAAAUACUAGACGACCAUGAAACUAUAGUAAGGGAAAUAGAACAAUUAAAAGUUUCUAAAGAUGGAGAUGUUGAUUGCAAACAAUCAUAGUUCUAUGAUGUGUAGAAACCACCUUUUAUAAUUUUCAGGCAGUGGCGGAGUGACGCUAAAAAUUCUUGCUCUUUGGCAUGAUUUCUGAUAACGUGAUUAACAACUCUAGUUGAGGCUUGCAAUAAAAUAUUUAUUUUGCUAUAAAA